CAGAUGAUAGGUUUAGUUUUCUGUGCCCUGAAUCUGAUGUGUUUAAUGAUGGUGGCACAUCGUUAAACAACUUUGCUAUCAAAGUAAAAGAAGAACCGGAUGAUAUGUGUAAUAAUGGAAAUAAUGAUGGUGAAACAAAUAACCUAACAUCCGAUACUAGAAAUUUGCAAUAUCUCAGAUGUCUACAAGAGAAUACCAUGCGCACGGUUGAAGAACAAAGAGGAAUAAAUCAUUUUCAACAUAACCAAGAAAUUAAAGUAAAACCUAAUGUGAAUUCAUUAGCACCCGUUAAAAAGAACGAAGGAAUUAGUGAAUUUCAACCUAUCAAAAUAGAAUUUGAGUGCAAAGAUGUGAAACCAAACAUGAAUUUAUCGUUACCUGUUAAAGUGAAUGAUUGGUCUCAUAGGUUUGAUAAAUAUAACGAUGUCAAAAUUAGCGAUAAUUUUGCAACUAAUCUCCCAAUUAAAACAGAAACUGAAAACGUAAAGCAAGAGUUUUUUGACGAUACUCAAAAAAAUAUAGAUUCAAAUAUCGGCUGCAAACUCGUCGGUACGAAUAUGAAAAAUUAUCUUUACGCAAAUAAAGAAAAACAAUUUACUGAGUGUGAUGCAAGUUUGAAGACAUUUUGCGACAAGAUAACUAUGCACCCCGAUAUUGAUUCAGCGAAUAAUUCUAUUUCUUAUUCACGUGACAUUUGCAUAAAAUCAUUAAAACACAAAGGUGCUCUCAAGGUACAUAUUGAUUCAUUGCAUAAUGGUAAAAAAUCUCAUAGCUGCGAUAUAUGCGGAAAGUAAUUUACGCGAAAAGGUGCU